GUUUGUCUGUCCCGUCACCAUUUAUCAACUCUCAGCACCACAAGGAAGUGCAGUACCCACACACGCUCCGAAAGUUCAGCAUGCAGGAAGUUUGGGGAGAGCUCGGAGAUUAGCUCAACGUCCCGGGCCAUCGCUGGGCGAGCUCAGGCGACGAGAGCGCGGCGCGGCGUCCGUCCCGGUAGCGGAACCCGGCUUUUUCUUGGAGCGACGCUGUCUCUAGGUCGCUGAUCCCAAUGCACCGGCUCAUCCUUGUCUACAUUCUAGUCUGCGUAAACUUUUGCAGCUAUCGGGACACUUCUGCAACUUCGCAGAGCGCAUCCAUCAAAGCUUUGCGCAACGCCAACAUCAGGCGAGAUGAGAGCAAUCACCUCACAGACUUGUACCGAAGAGACGAAACCAUCCAGGUGACAGGAAACGGCCACGUGCAGAGUCCUCGCUUCCCGAACAGCUACCCUCGGAACCUGCUUCUGACCUGGAGGCUCCACUCCCAGGAGAAAACAAGGAUACAGCUAGCAUUUGACAAUCAGUUUGGAUUGGAAGAAGCAGAAAAUGAUAUCUGUAGGUAUGAUUUUGUGGAAGUUGAAGAUAUAUCUGAAACCAGUACUGUUAUUAGAGGGCGAUGGUGUGGACACAAGGAAGUUCCUCCAAGGAUAACAUCAAGAACAAACCAAAUUAAGAUAACAUUCAAGUCUGAUGAUUACUUUGUGGCUAAACCUGGAUUCAAGAUUUAUUAUUCUUUUGUGGAAGAUUUCCAACCUGCUGCAGCCUCAGAGACUAACUGGGAGUCAGUCACAAGCUCAAUCUCCGGGGUAUCCUGUCACUCUCAAUCAGUAACGGAUCCCACGCUCACUGCGGAUGCUCUGGACAAAACAAUUGCAGAAUUCGAUACUGUGGAGGAUCUGCUCAAGCACUUCAAUCCAGAAUCAUGGCAAGAAGAUCUUGAGAAUCUGUAUCUGGACACCCCUCAUUAUCGAGGCAGGUCAUACCAUGACAGGAAGUCAAAAGUUGACCUGGACAGGCUCAAUGAUGAUGUCAAGCGGUACAGUUGCACUCCCAGGAAUUAUUCGGUCAAUUUAAGAGAGGAGCUGAAGGUGACCAACGUGGUCUUCUUUCCACGUUGCCUCCUUGUGCAGCGCUGUGGAGGAAAUUGUGGCUGCGGAACUGUCAACUGGAAGUCCUGCACGUGCAAUUCGGGAAAAACUGUGAAAAAGUAUCACGAGGUAUUAAAGUUUGAGCCUGGCCCUUUCAAGAGGAGGGGCAGAGCUAAGAACAUGGCUCUCGUUGACAUCCAACUGGAUCACCAUGAGCGGUGUGAUUGUAUCUGCAGCUCAAGACCACCUCGAUAAAAGAAUCUGCAUAUAAUUACAUUAAGGCUGAAAGAACCUUUAGUUUAAGGAGGGUGUGGUAAGAUACCCUUUUCCCAACAGCAGCCGAACUUACUAGCCUGCAAUGCAAUGAAUGCAAGUGGUUGCUGAGUUUCAACCUAGCUUUGUUAGUUUCACGUAAAGUAGAAAGGUGUAUCAUCAACUAUCAACUUCUAUAUUCAAGAAUAUGGGAUUGCAUUUACCAGUAGUGUCUGGGGAUAUAUAUAUAUACAUAUUAAUGUCUAUGUGUAAAUAGAUAAAUCAAAUGGUUUAUCCAAUAUAUGUAACUAGGUACACCAAAGCUUGUAUAUGGUUACUUAGGUCCUUAAAAUCCUUUGACAGAAUAAGGUAUGUGUUAAAUACAUGAAACAUUUCUUGAAAAGUUCCGAAGAUAAAUUUAAUUUGUUUAUAUUUUAAUUUUGAACGGCUAAACCGUUUUGGUUCUUGCUCUCUUAAAGAAAGCACCUCGUGUAUUACAAACAAAAGAUGAGUUCUUGCGUGUACAUCUUAAUGGAUCAUUAUAAGAGGAGAAAUAUGGUUUCUGGAAAAAAGUCAAAUACUUAACCAUUUUUUCCCUGUGAGAUGCACUACACACUUAUCUGUGUAUACAUGUCUCCCAAGCCAUGCGAUAAUAAUAUAGGUGCUUUAGAAAUUAAGCCAUUGUCUUCUUUUUAUGCAUUUUGCUGAGGCAUGCUUAUUCAUUUAAUGCAUGUUUAAAAAAAGUUGCUUGGAGGGUUUAUCACUAUAGUCCUACAAGAGGCAAUUUAUAAGCUGUAACAGAAUUUUGAAACUUUUUUCUUUCCCCAAAUCCCUCCACAAAAACAAACCCUUUCAAGAGUGGCCUGGAGACGCUACAUGAGCCUUCCCAGAUAGUGUCGAUUGGAAGAUUUGGGCAGUUGAAAGUCAAAAUAGUGAGCAAUGAAGUGUUAAUAUAACUGGAAAUUGGAUGAAGUAUUUGAUAGGGCUUAUAUUUAAUCAUGUGUUCAAACUUUCCGAACUGUGCCAAUUCCUUUGAGGCGUCUUGCUUUUGUGUUCCUGCCUCUUCAUUUAUGGCCAUGGAUUUGCAAUGGCGUUUUAUGCUUGGCAUACCAUCACGGAUUAUUUAUACCUUAAAAACUUUAGUGCUAAUAAAACAACCAAAUUUUAGUGAUACAAAUCCGUAGUAUAUUCAUUCACCAUUCUGAAUCCCUAUUUCUAACUGAAAUGGAAUCAUAUCUGGAGUCGCUGGUUCUUUCUGAAUCUGUGGAGCUUGUUCUAGAAGCCACUGUGUAAAUUGGACACAACUUCAGCCCUGCUCCACCAGGAGAAAACUGUCUUUGCAGUGGCUGUUGCUGGUAUUUAGAGUAAUUUUUCCUCCCUGGCUCCCGAAUGUCUAUUUUAAAGGAGACUGACUCUGGGGGUAGGAAGUGAUUCAUCAGUCUCCACAGCAAGGUUCUAAAGAGAGCGACACUGACAUCAAGAUUGCUCCUGGAAGAGAAAUAUAUUUUUCUUCCUGCCUUGAGAGAAAAAAGGACUGUCGCUAUCUUCUGUGAGUCUAGGUCUCUACUGACAACAACCAAUUUGGGUGAGGGGUAUGUGACAGGGACUGUUUAAGUCCUAUUUUCAGAUGAGUGGCUUAAGUAUAGUUGGAUUUCUAAGACUCGUGCACUCAGGACCCAGUUCUCUGUUAUCCUUAGUAACCCAUUUCUUCUCAGCUCUUUGAGACAAAAGGCCAAGACUUACUGAAGAGACACCUCCUAAAAUUUCCGUGCAAGUGUGUGGUGUUUUUACCUCAGGGGGUGACUGGUAAAAUUAAAUACUCUCCAAAAUCCCAGAGCAAGUCCGAAACUGAAAAAUCAGAAAUAGCCUGAGUAGAUAUUCUAAUACUCAGAAACCACUCCUUACCUUCAUAGCCACUUGACAAGUUUCCUGGAAAAACAUUGGCUUCCUGGACCACAAUCAAAACGUGGGUUCCAUCACUCUAGCUUGUACAGCUCACAUCGUCGCUGUAAAUAUGAAAAAUUAGAGUGUUCUACCCAAUUUUCAAUAAGCCUUUCAGGCUCAAUCACCAGGAUGGUUUUCAGUUAAAGUCCUAUCAUCUGUAAUUUUUAUUUAUUAGCUGAAAUGUAAGCAGACAUAUUCACUCACUUUUCUUAUCCUUUCUUGAGUGUUUUAUUAAAACUUCUCCCUUGGUUAUCUGUUAUCUAUUGCACUUCCAACAUGUAGCCAAUAAAUCUGUUUCAUUGCCAUCAAAGGAAUAAAAAGCUCGCCAUACAAAUUACAUUUCAAAACAAACCGUAAUAAAUCCACACUUCUGCAUGGCUCGCUCACCUUACAUUCAAUAUGUUCUUAUAGGACAGAACACUUUCAUACGUGGAAUUUGUUAUGUUUUUUGUGUGUCAUAGCAGUAACAUGCAUCUUUUUUGUCCCAUAGCAUUUUCUGUAGCAAAUGUAAUAUGCCUUUUUUAUCGUGAAAAAUAAAUAUUGCUUUCGAACAAAACUGCUCCAUUAUU